AUGACAUCGAGUAGUGGUAUAAAGAGAUGGCCAAUGUCUGAAAUAGGUGCUGACGUAGCAUGUAUGCCAACACAAAGAAAUCGAGCCACGGAAUUAAGAACUGUUUCAGCUUCGACAAUUCAUCGCAAAGGCUUACUAUUAAAUCUUUGCGAUGAAUUGUCGGAGCUGAAACAAGGAUUAGAGAACAUAGAUAAUGAAUACAAAACAUUUACUUGGCAUUAA